AUGUUCCAGAAGAUUUUUUCACUUUUCGAAAUGAUAGAGUAAGAAGACAUCACCACUCAUAAAGUUAAGUCAUAAACUAAAGAGGGAUAACAGUUCUCGGAAUUUCUUGGACUUAAUGAUGUAUCUUUUGACACCCCAGGAGACUGGAGUUAACUGAUGAAAGUCUUAGAAACUAAUAAAAAAUUGAAGCAGAUAGACUUUUCAAGAACCAUAUUUUCUAAGGAAAUCGAUGCCAGAUGUUUUGAUGAUUUCUUUUCUACAAAUAAAAUCGUUUAGUUUGUUGAUUUCACAGAUUGCAAAUUCGUAAACCUAAAAAUUCUAGAUGCCAUUUUGCGGAAUAUUCCUACAUAAGGAACAGUAAAAGUUUUAGUAAUGCGUCAACUAGUUAUUGAAAAAUUGUAAUGCGUCUUGUAUAAAUACUUGAUUCAUGAAACAUCUAAAUCACAUUUAAAGUUGUUUGAUAUAUCCAAAUCUGGUUACUAUAUGGUUAGAUCAAAUAAUGAUAAGUCUGACUAACAAAAUGAUCAUCUUGAAUUUUUUACGAAGUUCAAGUCUAAUCAUAGGAUGGAAACAUUUAUGAUGGAGGAUUUGAUUAUGGACAUUAACCCUGUGAUUAAAGAAUUUGCUGAUUCUCUAAAGGACAACAAAAAGUUGCAAAAUCUUAGUUUAAGAGGCAACAGGCUUACUCCUGAAUCACACGAGCUCUUUUGGCUGCAUAUUCAUGGUAAUCAAACACUCAGAACUUUAAAUUUUGAAAAAUGCAAAUUGACUGAUAAGUGUACAACUAACUUAUCGAAUUAUCUAAGCUCCCCAGGUAUUGGACUAGAAUAUCUGAACUUACAGAAAAACUAAUUAACAUACGCGGGAUUAAAACACAUCAGUAAAGGAUUAAAAAUGAAUAGCUCACUUAAAGCACUACAUUUAUCUAAUAAUACAUUUGAGGAUGCAGCUGGGCUCACUGAAUUGACCGAAGCUUUGAAAGUAAAUAAGACUUUACUUGAACUUAAGCUAUCAAGAUGCAAAAUAUCAGAUAAUGGUCUUUAUAUGUUAAGUAGAUUCCUUGAAAAAAAUGACACGUUAAAAAUUCUUGACAUAUCUAGAAAUGAAUUUAAUGAUCCUGGUUUAAAAGAUUUAUGCAAUUACCUUGGAAAGAACACUUGUCUAUAGAACUUAUAUAUGCAAUAUAACGGACCAUUUACUGAGGAAGGGGGUCUAAAGGAUCUCUUCUAAUGCAUAGAAUCAAAUCGAUUUCUUAAAAAGAUAAACUUAUAAGGUAACAAACUAGAAAAGCCAUUUUAGCAAAAAUUUGUCCUUGGUGCUUUGAAGAAAAAUAUUAAUAUCUAAGAAAUUUUAGGAGGAAGAUUAGAAGCUAACCUUAAAAGUGAACUUGAAAGUAAUAUAGCUAUUGAAAGAGAUAUAGUUCAGAGACUAGAAUUAUUCAAAGAAACUUAGUAAUUAUGGCUAAAUUUAGCUGAGAAAAGCAUAAAUCUACUCAAACCAGCUAUGAAAUUAAUCAAGCUAUAAAAUCUUCAGAAUAUUGAUUUAUCAAGAAUGCAAAUAGAGAACACAAACAUCUAAGUCAUAGCAAAUUAUUUACUAGAGAAUCCACCAUUGUAAUCGCUCAGAUUAGCAGGAAAUCAUUUUGAUGAUGAUGGUAUGAUUGAAAUUUGUGAUUCACUGGUAGUAAAUCAAAAUUUGAUCCAUCUUUAGCUCUUAAGUUGCGAAAACAUAGGAAAUAAAUCAAUGAAUCAUCUCUAUAAAGUAUUAUAUGGAUAAAACAAAACUUUAUACAAAAUUACAAUAGAUUUUCAUAACUUAGACUAGAACAUUUAUCAGAAGAUAGCACAUGAAGCUAGAUUAAAUAAAUCUAUUAAGAAAUAUCUCUAGCCCUUUUAUAUUAAUGGUUCAAAAGAAGUUGGAUUCGAAGUAAACGCCAACUUAAAAGAGCAUUUUGAGGCUGUUGUUAAAUGCUGGAGACUUAUGAAACCAUAGUUUAUUGAUCUUUGUGAUAAAAAUCUUGAUGAUGAACAAAUAAUAAUGUUGACUUAUUAUCUGGAAAACCAAGAAGCUGUUAAAUAAGUUUUACUUCGAAGAAAUAAUGUCACAGAUAUAGGUGCUGAAAAAAUAGCUGUGUUCAUCAAAACUAACAAGAUGAAGUUUAAACAUAUUGAACUUAGCCGAAAUAAGAUUUAAGAUAAGGGAGGCUAAGCUAUAUUGCAAGCUCUAAAAUAGAAUACAAGAUUAUAAACACUUCUUAUUGCAUUUGGUAAUGAAAUAAAUGCACACAUCAUCAAGAAAAUUGAAGACGAAGUCUUAGCAAAUAAUAAUAUAAAUAAAUAUGUUAAGCACUGCCUUGAUAAAAACAAUCCAAAUCUAUACUAGAAAUUAAAAAUAAAUGAUAAAGGCCCUGAUCUUUUAAGAUGCUCUCUUAAAUCAACUGAAAUGUGUAAAAUCCUGUAUCUUGAUUUGUCAGAUAAUUUACUGAAUGACAGACAUGCUAAGAUGAUUGCUAAAUCUCUUGAGUAAAAAUCAACUCUUAAAGAAUUGUAUUUGAGUAAAAAUUUGAUUAAUGCAAGUGGAGCUGAAUACUUGGGUAAUAGUCUUGGUAAAAAUUAAAGUCUUGAAAUUUUUGACAUUUCUUAGAACAACAUCUGUGACAGAGGUAUAUAGUCAUUAAUAUUGCCAAUCGCAAAGGCAAAAAUCAGUGAAUAACUUACUGGGAUAACAAGCAGUAAAAAUAAGGUUGGUUUAUAGAAAAUUGACAUAUCGCACAAUAACCAUACUACAGAGUCAUUAAAGCAUGUCUACGCAUUACUUUUUGCUAAUAGAGUAAUUGUUGUUAUAAUAGACGACCCUCGAGAGACUGCUAAAAUAUUAGAACAGGAAAAUAAGAAGCUAUUAGAUACUAAAACAAAAAAUAAUGAUAAUGAGCCUGUAUCUCCUACUAAAUUAUUCUCUUAAAAUGGAUCUUAGUUAAAGGGAAAAUUCUCUGGUCUGAAAAAUAAAAAAUAAAGGAAAGAGGUAGCAUUGAAAGAGUUUGAAAACCUCUAGCUCGGUAGACUUAUGAAUUCUUUAGAUAUCACUUUGAAGAAUGAGUUUACUAAAUUUCAAUCUAAGAUAAACUCAGUUAAUUCAAGCCCACAUCGUUAUAAGUAAGGUAGCAGAAAUCAAAGCUAAUUUGGGGAAUCUCAAGCAUAAGGCUUAAAUGGGAGCGAUUUCACCAAUUAGGUUCAAUUAGGAUUAAUGGGACUUAAUGAGGAAAUUAAAAAUGUAGAUGAAUUUUAGAAUAACCAGUUAAUUGGUGAUGAAGAAAAUAAUAUAGAGUAGCCCAAAGUCGUUAAGAAGUCGAUAUUUCAAAAAGUUAGAUACUUUUGCUUUGGCAAAAAAACUUAAGAUUCAAGAGGAAAAUUUUUCAUUAGAUAAUUCAUAGAUGACAUGCGAGCAAACAAAAAAGAUGCUACUACAUUUAAGUGUAAUGAAAAUAUUUUGACAAAAGUUGAGAGUGUUUCAUAGAAAUAUGUAACUGCAGCAAUUUAUCUGAGCAUCUUUUUCUUUUAUAUAACUUCAUUAACAAUUGCUACUACUGAAGAUUGCUAAUGUGAAACUGGCCAUCCAUUUAUAUCAUACCUGAUCUAUCUAAUUUACAUUAUAAUGUCUUUCAUAACAGAGUUCUCACUUUGCCUUCAUUUACAAAAGAAGGUAGGUGAUUAUGAAGUAUUGAGAAUAAACAAAUUUCAUUUGUUAAAGCUAUUUACUGGAUAAUUAGCUAGGCUUGAUUUCUUCACUGAUGUUUUAUUUAUAGUUCAAUUAAAGGUUUGUGGAAAUUUUGGAAUGAUGAUUACCUCUAUUAUAUUCUUAGCUUUGAGUUAAGGAUACACUAUAUUUAUGAUCUUUAAAUUGAUGUCAAAGGAUCAUAGUAAUUUACUUGAGAAUAUUGAGAGAAAUUGCAAGCUUGCAUAUAUCAGUGAACAUUAAUCACUUGCAAUUAUUUUGGACUCAUUCUCUCUUUGUAACUUCUAAAGCGUUAAUAAGAAAACUGUGACCAUACCGAAGAUAGUGUCUAGUUUUAAAAGUUUUUCAGAAGAUUUACCACAAUUCAUAAUUUAAGUGGUAUAUCUAUUAGCUUACACUAAUGAAAAAAGUUAGACUGGUACUAUAUACUUAUCUAUCUUACUAGGAGCUUCAAGUUUUGGAAUAUCUUUGUAGCAUGCUUUAACUGCAAAAUCAUCUAAUGUAGAUAGCAUAAAGGUCUUAAGUAAGAUUAAGAGUAGAAAUGAUGAGAAUGAUUUAUCAGAUUCAUUAUAUAGUUAAGAGGAUGAAGAGGAAAAUGAGGAAGAUAAAAAUUAGAGAGAGUAAAAAUUAGAGGAAUAACGAAAGCUUACAUUAAGUGGAAAUCUAGGGAAAAAAAGAUUUUCUAUACGUCCCAUCAUGAAUUCAUCUACUAUAGUAGCCAGAAAAAGUUUCAGAGUCAGUAGGAAAAAUACAUUUUAAAAUCCAGAAAACAGUGAAAUUAAUUCUGUAAUAGAGACUUCUCGAGAUCAUUUCGUUAAUAGAAGUGAAAUUUAACCAUUCAAAUAAGAUUCAGUUAUGCAAGUUGAGUAGAAUUCAAUUGAACUAACAUAAUCUGCAAGAAUUACAUCAGAUUAAUCAAAUUAAAAUACACUCAUAAAUCUUUCAAGCAGGAAUCGGAAUAUUGUUCAAUUAAACCCGAUAUAAGUUGAUAAUGGCCCAAAGACUGUUCGAGACAAAUUACUUUGA